CACCGCAGGGCCCCCCCCGGCACCAUGAGCACCGAGACCUUUGUGAAGGACAUCAAACCGGGGCUGAAGAACCUCAACCUCAUCUUCAUCGUCCUGGAGACGGGCCGUGUGACGAAGACGAAGGACGGCCACGAGGUGCGGACGUGUAAAGUGGCCGACAAGACGGGCAGCAUCAACAUCUCCGUGUGGGACGACGUGGGGAACCUCAUCCAGCCAGGGGACAUCAUCCGCCUCACCAAGGGCUACGCCUCCGUCUUCAAGGGCUGCCUGACGCUGUACACAGGGCGCGGAGGAGACCUGCAGAAGAUUGGCGAGUUCUGCAUGGUGUACUCUGAGGUGCCCAACUUCAGCGAGCCCAACCCCGAAUACGUGGCACAGCAGAGCAAAGGGACCCCAAAUGAGAAUGCGACGACAGCCGCCCCACAGAGCACCCCGGGCCCCCCCCCGGCCACAGCCGCAGCCCCCGACAGCCAGAAUGGAAACGGGCUGAGCCCCGGGGGUCCCGCGCACCCCCCCAGCGCCCCCGCGCACCCCCCCAGCGGCCGCAUCACCCGCAGCCAACCUGGGCACCCCCCCGGGCCCCCCGGCCCCGUCAGCAACGGCAAAGAGACCCGGAGAAGCAGCAAGAGAUAACAGGUCCGGACUGUG